AGCUUCAUCGCGAAGCUCUGUUGCGCUCAUGGGAGGUGGUGUGGGUGGUGCUUGAGCCAUAUAUCGAAUACUAAGCUUUAAUAAGCAAUCUGUAGGCUGUGAAACGCAUUCGCAACCACAAGCUACAUAUUCUCCCGUAGGCAAUAGUGCUACAAACAUGGAUGUGCUCGACGAAGAGGUCGAAUCGAUCUUAUAUAUUGCAAGAGAAAUAUCAGUCUACAAGAUUCCCCAUCUGAAGGCCAAUGAGGGACAUCGCGCUAACGACUGGGGGGACCUCGCGCAACCGUUAUGGAAAGGCAGACUGCGCAUCGUCGAGAAGUCGAGUGGUGCAGCACUGAUGUUUGAAGAUGCUCAGACAGGGGAAUUAUUUGCCCGCGCACCUUAUGACGCUCUUAAACCAUGCGUGGAAUCCGUCCUUGAUUCAUCCCGAUAUUUUGUAAUCAGAGUGGAGGAUAAUGGCAAGAAGGCUUUUAUUGGGAUGGGAUUCGCUGAACGAACAGAUAGCUUUGAUUUCAACGUUGCAUUGCAAGACUACACUAAUACGCCUAUGCUUAGGCGUUUGAAAGCUGCUUUGAGCCCUCCUAGCCCUGAUGAGGAAGCCCCUUCUCAUAUUCCGGUUGGUCCAAAGAAGGACUACUCUUUGAAGGAAGGCCAGACGUUUUCCAUAUCCAUUCCGGGAAAAGCUAGUAAAUCAUUAACACCCGGGACGAGUUUGCUAGGUUCCUCCACCCAAAGCACUGGUAACUCAGGGGGAGGGGUACCGCUAUUACCACCUCCACCUUCAUCAGGACGGAAGAAAUGA